AUGGAAGCAAGGAACCAAACAGCUAUUACAAAAUUCAUCCUUCUAGGGCUUUCAGAAGAUAUGGACCAGCAGCCCUUCCUCUUUGGGCUGUUCCUCUACAUGUACAUAGCCUGUGUUAUAGGAAACCUGCUCAUCAUCCUGGCUAUCAUCUCUGACUCCCACCUCCAUACUCCCAUGUAUUUCUUCCUCUCCAACUUGUCCUUCACUGACAUCUGUUUCACCUCCACCACCAUCCCAAAGAUGCUAGUGGACAUCCAAACACAGAACAAAGACAUCACGUAUAAAGGCUGCCUUACUCAGAUGUAUUUCUUUAUGGUUUUUGCUGGGCUAGAUAACUUGCUCCUGACAGUGAUGGCUUAUGACAGGUAUGUGGCCAUCUGUCACCCCUUGCACUACACAGUCAUCAUAAACCCUCGCCUUUGUGGUCUACUGCUUCUGCUGUCUUGGUUAAUCUGCUUGACAUAUUCUUUGUUGCAAAGUUUGAUGGUUUUGAGAGUGUCCUUCUGCAAAGUGAUAGAAAUCCCCCACUUCUUCUGUGAACUUGCUCAGAUCCUCAAGCUUGCCUGCUCUGACACCCUUGCCAAUGACAUCCUGCAAUAUUUUGUAACUAGCCUGCUGGGUAUUAUUCCCUUGACUGGGAUUAUUUUCUCUUAUUCUAGAAUUUUCUCCUCCAUAAUGAGCAUUUCAUCUUCUGGGGGGAAGUAUAAAGUAUUUUCCACCUGUGGGUCUCACCUCUCAGUCGUCUCGUUGUUCUAUGGUGCUGGCCUUGGAGUCUACCUCACUUCUGGAAUAGCCCAGCCCUCCAGAAAGGGUUCAAUGGCCUCAGUGAUGUAUGCAGUGGUUGCUCCCAUGCUGAACCCCUUCAUCUACAGUCUGAGGAACAGGGACAUGAAGGAGGCUCUGAGGAGACUUUUCAUCAGAGGAGCUUACUCUCGGUGAGAUCACAGAAGUUGAGGACAGACAAUAGAGAUUGGAAGUGCUGAUAAUUAGUGUUCCUGAAUAUGUAAUCU